UCUCUUCCGCGUAUCUUCAGCGUGUGCGUACGACAAUCGUGCCUGCUUCAGGAUUGAACGUGAAGAUGGAAGAGAUGGGCUGUCCUGGCUCCAGCACUGAAGGGCCCAGCUCUGGCUCUUCUGAUGGCCCCGGAGGCUUGAGCCCGUCUCAGAGAGAGCUGCUGGAGCGAUGCCUUCAUGCCCUCAAACAUGCCAAGAACGACAGCCACACACUGGCAGCGCUGCUCCUGAUCACGAGGUUGUGUCCCGCUGCACAGCUGGAUCCCGAGACUCUGCAUCGUAUUUUUGAGGCGGUGGGUUUAGAUUUACCUGCUCGUCUUCUUCUGACGGCGUGUCGGGGUGUGGAGAGCUCUGGUUUGCCUGCGCAGGAGCUGAUCUCUCUGGCCGCCGCUCUUCUAGCCACUCUCAGCACAGACUCGAACCUGCUGCCUCAUCCUCACCUCCUUGGCACGAUCCCACUGUUACUCAAUAUCCUGGAGAACGGACAGAAACACACUGAAGAUGAAGCCGAGAGUGGAUCUGUAGACGCUCAGACCACUUCCAGCACAGAUGAGGCUCUGCUCUGUGAUUGUUACCAGGUUAUAAAUGCAGUAUGUGCUUCAGAAAAAGGCCCCGAGCAGCUCCUGUCCCGCGGGGCCGUUCCAGCCUUAUGCAGAGCCGUAAUCAAAAAGCAAACCCUGAGCCGAGAAAAAGGCCUUCCUCUGCUGGGACGCCUGCUGUCUUCUGGAGUCAGGACUCAGAUUUGGAAUAAACAUUCAUCUGAACUUCUGGUACUCCUAAAACACAUUUCACAAGAUUUCAGCGAGGCUUCAAAUGAGGCUCGAUUGGAGAUGUGCUCUCGGAUACCGCUGUUUCUUCCUCCACCCGGGGUUGAGAGCGAAAAUACGGAUUGUAGGGAGAUUGUGGGAAAUCUCUGGGCUUCAUUGAGGCCUUUGGUUCAAGGAAAGAUCAAGCAAGAGCAUUUAGGCGCAGUUUUAGUAUUAUCCGCGUGUCUUCUAGAUCUGUUUGGAUGGGAGUCUGUGGGAAAUCCUAAAUUCUGCUGUUUGCUGGUGAACCGAGCGUGUGUGGAGGUGAGGAUGGGUUUGGAGGAGCCGCCGGGGACCGAGAUUUCUUUAAGCCUCCAAAACACACUUACAGCCUGCUAUCGGAUCAUGGAAGCAGCAAUGGAGCAGGCCUGCAGUUCAGAUGCAGCCCCAAAACAGACAGCCAUCUCUGGGCUGAGCCUCCAGCAGAGCAGGCAGGUCCUCGGAGCUCUGGAGGAGGCCUUUUCUGCUGAAAUAUACCAUCUCAAACAGGUGGAAGAGACGAGUUAUGAUGAUCCGUUUGUUUUCGCCACUUUCCGCUGUCUCUGUGCUUGGCUCGCUGAAGAAACCUCCUGUCUGAAGGACGACGUUAUUAAACUCCUGCCUUUUCUCAUGGGCUACGCUAAAACUCACUUCAAUGGAGGAGGAGAAGGCGAAGGUCUUGCUGACUGGAUAUCAAAAAUGGCCAUCAGCAAUAAUGCACACGACAGGACCUGGAGCAGAGAUGCCGCCCUUCGGUACCUGCUGCCGGCGCUGUCUCACCUGUCGGCUGAAGAUGACCCACGGCGGGAGCUUCUGUGUCUGGACGCUCCUGCUCUGCUGGUGGAGUUUCUGCACUCCGGAUGGGACACGAUAAGAGCUCGGAGCGGGACGGAGGAGAGCAGAGAGCCCAGUCUGGAGACCUGCUGCUCCGCUUUACUCAAUUUCACCAUCACUGAGCCGCAACGAGUCAGGACGGAUCCGUGUUUCAUGGCUCUGGAGGUUUUGUUGAGUGAAGCUCUGCCUGUUCUUCUCCAUAAGCCUCGGCUCCAGGUUUUAGCCGCUAACUGUUGCACUCUGGGCCUCAUGAUUAGCAGACUGAAGCCGGCGUCUGCAGUCUCUGUAGAUUCGUCCCAGCGGCGGUUCUUCUCCUCGGUUCUGCAGUUCCUCCGGACGGUUCUGGACUGUUCUCAGGUCAGUGUUCACUGGGACGAGACUCUGGAGCUCCACAGACUCAGCCUGCAGGCUCUGAGCAGCUGCGUCCUCAAUCAGCCCUGGAUCUGCACCCUAAUGAGGGAUCAAGACUGGCUGAGGAGCGUCUGCUGUCGGCUGGGCUCCGACUCGCAGGUCUCAGAUCAGCUGGAAGAGCUGCGGUGUGCCCUGGAGAAACGACAAUGAGAAAAAAGAGGCAGUUCACACAAAAUGUACAGUUUUAUGACUCUUUCAUUUGUAAAAAAAAUUAAAGAAGAUUUUGAGCUGAA